AUGUGGUCUUAUUAUCAAUCAUACCGUUAUUAUUAUUCAAGACCAAGUUAUCGUUUAGUUCCUCUUAUUGUUCUGUUCACCUGCGUUGGAAUUCUUUGGUUGAUAAUAAUCAUCAUACUCUUGACCAGAAUCGAAGAUGCGAUCGAUGUUCAACGACAGGGACCGCCAGUUAUAUUUUGUUUCGUGCUCAGUUCAAAUGCUCGACAUUUGACAUCGUCAACAGCGAUUGUGUACAGUUGGGGAAAACGAUGCGAUCGAUUCUACUUUGUUACUCGUUUGCAGAACACAAGUAUUGAUCUGAUGAUGUUAGAAUAUUUUGAAAAUAUCACUGACAUUACACCGUCGACCAUUAAUCAACAGACACUCAAUGCUCUAAUAUAUCUUCAAAGAUAUAGACCUUAUCCAUCUUACCAUUGGUUUGUCCGAGCAAGUGAUGAUUCGUUUGUGAUUAUGCCAAAUCUUCGACGGCUUGUUAAUCAAUUGCAUGAACAAGCAAAGAAGAAAAAAGAUGCAAUUGUACACGUUGGAGAUGUUGACGAACUUUAUCGAAGUCGUCAAAUAAAAACAACGGGUUCAGUUAUGUUAUUUAAUCAUUAUGCAUUAGAUCGAUUAGCAUUAUACGAAGAAAUUGAGACAGAGAAAGACAAGUGUCUGUCAGACAUGAUGUACGAUCAUGAAUUCGUUUCGUGUAUGAAAAAAUUCGAUAUUAAAAUCAAUCCAAUCGAUAGCAAUUUAAUUCGCUCACAAAAUCUAUCCUUCUACAAAAUGGAUAAGCAACUUAAGGAUACAUGUUGUUCACCAGAUACAGUUGCAUUUCGUGCAAGUAAUGAAACCGACAUGUACAAAUUUGAUUUUUUCUAUCAUCGACUCGAUGCAUUCUCCGAAAUCGAUGUUUAA